AUGUCCCCCGGGGAGUGUUUCUCUCUGAUUUGCCAUGGCUCCAGCGGGCUCUCGCUCCCGGGGCGCUCGCCCCCCGGCCGGCUGGCCAAGAGGAAGCCGGGGGGCGACGGCUCGGAGGACGAUGAGGACUGGCACCCCGAGGCGACUCCGAAGAAGCGGAAACCUGGCAGUGAGAACCAGAGCUGGGAAUGUUACAGAUCACCUUUCCGGAAACCUUUGGCCCAGUUGACCAAUCGACCACACUGCCUGGAUAGCAGCAAACAUGAGGCAUUUAUCCGCAGCAUUUUGUCAAAACCCUUCAAAGUACCCAUUCCAAAUUAUCAAGGGUCGCUGGGCUUGAGGGCCCUGGGCCUCAAACGGACAGGAGUCAGGAAUGCGCUCCAUGAUCCUUUUGAAGAAGGGGCUCUUGUUCUUUAUGAGCCCCCGCCGCUGAGUGCGCACGACCAGUUGAAAAUAGACAAGGACAAAGUGCCUGUCCAUGUUGUGGUGGACCCUGUUCUCAGCCGCGUUUUACGGCCCCAUCAGAGAGAAGGGGUGAAGUUUCUCUGGGAAUGCGUCACGAGCCGGCGGAUCCCCGGGAGCCACGGCUGCAUCAUGGCUGACGAGAUGGGGCUGGGCAAGACCCUCCAGUGCAUCACUCUGAUGUGGACGUUGCUGCGGCAGAGCCCUGACUGCAAGCCUGAAAUCGACAAGGCCAUGGUGGUCUCUCCGUCCAGCCUGGUGAAAAACUGGUACAACGAAGUCGGCAAGUGGCUGGGAGGAAGGAUCCAUCCGCUGGCCAUCGACGGAGGCUCCAAAGAUGAGAUCGACCGUAAACUAGCCGGCUUUAUGAACCAGCGCGGCUUGCGAGUGCCUUCCCCUAUCCUGAUCAUUUCCUACGAGACGUUCCGCCUUCACGCCGAGGUCCUGCGGAAGGGGAGCGUCGGGCUGGUCAUCUGUGACGAGGGCCACAGGCUAAAGAACUCGGAAAAUCAAACCUACCAGGCUCUGAACAGCUUGAACACCCCUCGGCGAGUUCUCAUCUCCGGGACACCGAUCCAGAACGACCUGCUGGAAUACUUCAGCCUGGUGCACUUCGUUAACUCGGGCAUCCUCGGGACAGCGCAGGAGUUUAAGAAGCAUUUUGAAAUCCCGAUCCUAAAAGGCAGGGAUGCAGAUGCAAGUGAAGGGGAGAGACACAAAGGGGAGGAGCGACUUAAAGAGCUGAUCAGUGUUGUGAACAGAUGUUUGAUCAGGAGAACUUCAGAUAUCCUGUCCAAAUACCUACCUGUGAAAAUCGAGCAGGUGGUUUGCUGCAGGCUGACACCUCUGCAGGCUGAGCUGUACAAGCACUUCCUGAAGCAAGCGAAGCCGGCCGAAGAGCUGAAGGAGGGGAAGAUCAGCGUGUCGUCUCUCUCCUCCAUCACGUCCCUGAAGAAGCUCUGUAACCACCCUGCCCUGAUCUACGAGAAGUGUGUGGAGGAGGAGGAAGGGUUUGCCGGAGCCUUGGACUUGUUCCCUGCUGGCUACAGUCCCAAGUCCCUGGAGCCCCAGCUGUCAGGGAAGAUGCUGGUGUUGGAUUAUAUCCUGGCUGUGACAAGGAGCACCAGCAAUGACAAGGUCGUCCUGGUCUCCAAUUACACCCAAACGCUGGACCUCUUUGAGAAGCUCUGCAGGACCCGCAGGUAUUUAUACGUCCGACUGGAUGGCACCAUGUCCAUUAAAAAGAGAGCGAAGAUCGUCGAGCGGUUUAACAGCCUGUCGAGCCCCGAGUUUAUCUUCAUGCUGAGCAGCAAAGCAGGCGGCUGCGGCUUGAACUUGAUCGGGGCGAACCGACUCGUCAUGUUCGACCCGGACUGGAACCCGGCCAAUGACGAGCAAGCCAUGGCGCGCGUGUGGCGAGACGGCCAGAAGAAGACCUGCUACAUCUACAGGCUGCUCUCGACGGGGACGAUUGAGGAGAAGAUUUUCCAGCGUCAGACCCACAAGAAGGCGCUGAGCAGCUGCGUGGUAGACGAGGAGCAGGAUGUGGAGAGACACUUCUCGCUAGGGGAGCUGAAGGAGCUGUUCACGUGGAACGAGACCACCGCCAGUGACACCCAUGACAAGUUUAAGUGUCGCCGCUGUGUGAAUGGCCACCAGGUAAAACCUCCCCCUGAAGGCUCGGACUGCACCUCUGAUCUCUCCCAGUGGAACCACAGUGCGGACAAGCGUGGGCUCCAGGACUCCGUGCUGAAGACCGCAUGGGAUGCUGCUGUCACCUUCACAUUCCAUCACCACUCCCACGAGGAGCAGCGAGGGAUUCCCUGAUGACGCAUUUCCUAUGGAAGUCAAGCCCACGAGUGUUACUUUGGCAGAGAGCUGAGAACGAGCCUGCCUGGGCUGAUAUCUGGAUCCAGAACAGCAAGACAACGUUGCUGUUGUCUUCCACCUAGAAAUUGGUAGGCCCUGAAAACUAUUCAACCGUGCUUGGGACCGCAGGAAGCACCAAGGACUGUGUGUGCCACUCGGGUAUCUCUAAUGUGUACUGGAGAGACAGCUGUUUGUCUGGGAUGCGAUGUGCUUUGUUCGGUGUAACCUAGGAGUUUAAUAGUGUCAGGACAUAACGGGUUCUGCAUCUGAGAGCCCACAAGCAAGAUCCAGUCCACAAUUUGUAUCCCUGUCUCUAUUCAGCUAAGCCCUGUUACAAAAACCAAGGUCCAUCUUUAUGGAUAGGUUCAUUCCUGGCUGCAGAUCUGGUUUUCAUUGUGCAACUCCCAGCAACUGAGGAUUUUUCUGGCAGCCCUAACUCACAAGCUAGAUAGUAUUGAAUGCCCAGGCACUGAUGAGAGCUGGAUGCCGCUGGCAGGGUCUACCUCUCUUAUGAAAUCUGGGUCGAGUAGACAGCUCUGGGAAAUAGUCAUUUACCCCAAGAUCAAUCCAACUUCAGCCAUUUUUUAAAAUCUUGGUGUAACUGUUGCUUCUGGAUGGAGCAGCCUGAGACACCUCUAAAGGAUCCUAUUUUCAGAAAGUGCAUGACUCAAGCCCCACGAAAAUCACUUUUCACUUUGAAAAUCUUGGCAGAAACAACUAAUUUGUGUUAUUUUUAGCGAGAUCAUCUUUCUACAGUGCAGGCAACACAUAGCCCCUAAUGUACUAAAAUUUCUACUCAACUACGUUUUAUAAAAUAAAGUUGCUGAAGGACAAGCAAACUGUUCUGUUUGGGGAAAAAAAAUUGUAAAAUAAGUAUGUGAGAGAAAUAAAUACAAAUGAAGGAAAGCCAGGCCAUAGGGAGGACUUCUCCCCGAUGUAAAA